UAUGGCGGACGGUGGUUAUUCGAAUUUUCAAGGGACACAAUGAAAGUGCACCGAGUUCGCGGCGGUGAUGUCCGUGUCUAAGGGCGUGUGGUGAUCCUGAGGGUGGCUGACGUAGAUACCCGGGCGCCGCCGUGAUCGUAACGGUUGCAUGCGUGCCGGCGUGUCGCCAUCCUGACUUCACGGGAUAGGGUUUUGCCGCGCCGCGAUUCUGUGUCUGAGAGCGACCGACCGUGGCGGGGCCCCCAUGCUUGUAAAUGGCUGACGGGAAUCGGAAAAUGAGGGCCGAACGUCGCGCGUGAUUCGACGGCCAAGACGCUGAGGUAUACGCGAUACUUUUUUCAUUCUUGUAACGUACUUAUCGCCGCUUGUAAUGGACACGUACAUAAAUGAAUGAUUUGGCGGACGACCAUCUAUUUUGCACAUUUGCGUGGACCAAGCAUUAUGUGUACGUGCAUAAACAGGGUAGAAAAUGUCAGAGCCAGAAGAAAGUCUGGCAGCGCCGGAUAGCACUACGAGGGAACAGAAAUUGGGUUUCUCUCAUGGGGACGACGUUCUUCUUCAGCACAAAGAUGGAAAAUAUUAUCUUGGAACGGUUGUUGAGGUGGAUUUGGCAAGGGAGAAAUGCCUUGUCAAAUUUAUGGACAACACCUCCGCGUGGUCCUCUGUUAAGGAGUUGACAAAGCUAUCGAUGCCAGAUUCUGAUGUUAUGUGCGUUCUUUGUAAAAAAUCUCAGCCCAAGACUGAUAACGACAUUAUCGUUUGCGACAAAUGUGGUCGUGGUUAUCACCAACUUUGUCAUCAGCCUCAAAUAUUGAAAGAAGAAACUGCAGCCGAGGCGCAUUGGAUGUGUAAAAGAUGUAUAGAUAGUCAACCGCGUGCGCGUGAAGUUGUAGAACCGAAAACUUCUAUGGUAAAGGCAAGUAUCAGAAAAGUUUGCAGUGGUAGGGACCAACCUCAGCCGCCACCAGAUGAUAUGACAAAGUUGCCGUACGAUCCCAAUAUGUUAAAUUGGGACGCGCAUCAUAGAGUAAAUGCGGAACAAAUUUAUUGUUAUUGCGGACUCAACGGCGAAUGGUAUACGCAAAUGUUGCAAUGUGCCCGUUGCAAGCAAUGGUUUCAUGAAAAAUGUGUCAGUUGCUUAACUUAUCCUUUAUACAGUGGAGAUAGGUUUUAUGUGUUUGUUUGUUCAAUGUGCAAUUAUGGCAAAGAAUUCGUACGGCGACUGGAAUUGAAAUGGGUAGAUCUGGUGCACCUGAUGUUGUACAAUUUAACUGUUUACAAUGCUAAAAAGUAUUAUGAUUUGGACACUGUUAUUGUACCUUAUGCCAAUGAUAACUGGAACACUUUGCAGCUUCCUCCACGGAUCAGGGAUGUCAGUGCUCAAAUACGCAGAGAAUCUAUACUAGCAAUAUUGACAAAUAAUAGGAACAGAUUCAAAUGUGGCAGAGAAAUAAAGAAACGUACUACGAUAUGGGGUCUUAGAGUUAGGUUACCACCACCGUGUCCAAUUGUUAAUCUUCCAGCAACUGGUGUAAUAGAUGAUUCUGUGUUACGUAGAUGCUGGGGUGCUAAUAAAAGACUGCAAUAUCUUCCUCCGCCUACAGGACCGAUAUCAUUACCAGAAAGUACAAAACAAUUAACUGCAUUAAAACAAAGUACAGCAGAAAACUUGGAAAUUCCGGUAAAUCCAUCGGACGUGGUAAUGCGUGGAACAAUUUAUCAGAACUCGGAAGCAGAACAAAGUUCAUGUCCGAGUCCAAGCCCACCGAGUCAAUCGACGCAGUCGCUGAGGGAAAGGUAUAUUGGAGGUGGCUUUGUAAAGAAAUCAUUCCCGUUUCCCAAGCUUAGUUUGCAAAGAAGGAGACGUUUAAUGGCAUUAGGAAGUUCUCGUGAAAGAAUGUUACGUAAACACAAGAAAAGAGAAAAGAGCGACGGUGUUUUAAGCAAAGCUCAGGGCGUUCGAGAAGCUAGAUAUAGGAAAGCAAGGAAAUUAUUGAAGAAUGCUAUAGCUAAGAGUAAAUCCCGUAACUCGGAAACAUCUGAUCUACCACCGACACCUCCAACUUCAGUUUCUGGCCCACCUACACCGCCAGCCACAACUUCGGGUAUAUCUGAACUAUCUGUGCCUAGUUCUGUGGAAUUGAUGCAUCCUUUACCACCAUCUACGCCUGCGGAUACAAGUGGGGAUGAAACCAGUUCAAGAGGAACCUUGGACUCCUUCAUUCCACCACCCAAAGACUUUGAAGGCAAGAAUAAUCCUUUUAGAAAUCUCAGUGAUUUAUUGGGUACACCUGGCAAUCAUCUCACUCAAACAAAUUCAAGUACCCCGUCACCGUACAAUCAAUGUCCAAUUACAUUACCUCUACCGCUUACUCCUGUUAUAUCUCAACCGCCGGUAGUGCGGCCAGCUAAAAGACAAUUAUCGGAAAAAGACAUUAUUAUAGACAGAAACGGGCAAGUUAAACGUAGACGUCAACAUCGGAGAGGACGUCCAUCGCAACAGCAGAUACAACAGCAGUAUCAGCAUACUGCCAGUAAAACGGCAACCAUCUUACCGGCACGUAAUAACGAAAUUAAAAGUGAAUUUGCAAGGAAUUUAAGAAGUUCGUUUAACGGUGCCUCGAGCAGUGCUAGUAGUCAAAUUGGAAAUUGUGUCGAUUAUGCCUUAAACGGGAGGAGACUAAGACAACGUCAAAACAAUGACAAAUUACCGCCUCCAGAUCCACAACCACAAAAGAAAGGUAGCGUACCUUCAUCCCCAAAGUGUUCGCCUGUUAAACAAAGUGCGCCCGACAUAUCUCUGGAUGAUCUAAAAUCAUCGGUGAACAUAUAUUUUGGAGCAGCAAAUAGAAUCGCUGCUGGUGAAAAGUUUGUCAUCAGAGCAAAGAGGAUAGGACCAAACGGUCAGACUCAAUACCUAAUCGAGUGGGAGGGACUUAAUACUUAACAAUAAAUCAUUUCUUUAUGAUUAUAAAAAUGCAUUGCAAUCGUAUAAAAUUUCCGUUAACGAAUCGAGCAAGAGCGAUGUUACAUGGUUGCUCGAUCAGUUUGAAAUCUCGACGCGUAAAAGAGAUGAUUAGUGACAAAUUGAUGCAAGUCACAUGCACUGCCAUUCGUUACAUAUGUUUAUGUAAUAAGUAUAUAUUAAUUGGUGUACGAUGUGUGACUGUUCUUGCAAAUGUAAAUUUUAUUUCAUUCGAUGUAGAAACUGCGAGUCUUACGAAGAGGAGCAAACAAUAGUAAAUAUAAAUUCAUUGCUGGACAAUGAAUUUGCUUUGCCAUUUGUAUUUAAAGUGAAAGGCCGAUCUGUCGAUUUGUUUCGUUUCAUAUACCGGAAAACAUGAAUGUUCUCCUUUUUGUUGAAUUCAAAUUCUACAUUCAAAAUGUACCGUCCAUGAUUACCUUCGAUGCAUAAAAUUCAAUUAACGUUUCUACAUCUAUUUUAAUAUAAAGUGAGGUAAUAGGUGGAGCACGCGUGAGGGAAACAUUUACAAGAACAAUCAGAUACAUUGCUUUAUGAAUUGUAUAUAUUGUAGCAUAGUAGUUUGACAGGAAAAGAUGGAAGAAUGUAAAGCAAAUGUAAAAGGAGAAAGGAAUCAUUUGCGUUCAUUAGAAAUUGGCCAAUCGCUCGUUUUUAUAAGUUGCGGAGCGUGCACCAUGAUCCCGACGAGAAAAAAAAAAAAGAUGCGAAUUGAAAAACUGACAGUUGUUCCUCUCACUUGAGCUAACAUACUAGCGACCGUUAGCAGUUAGCGUGUUUAAAGAGUAAAUGAAAAAUAUGGAGUAAAAAGAAAAGUAGGUAUCCUGCAAAGGUUAUUUUUCAAUACAAUCGUAGAGAUAGACAUCGGCUUCUGUAACUUGAUCUUCUUGAACUGUUAUCAUUGCCCACCAUUUACUCAUACGACAAUACGACUAAAAUCAAAAUCACAACACGCGAUCAUACUGCCACAAAAAAACACAUAUGCAUCUGCCACACUGCAGUUUGUCUUCUGCGUAUAACUACGUAUAACUAUGCGUUCGACUUGUUGUAGUAUUUGAUAAUUAUAUAGUGGCUAACAUAACGGCGCAAUUGCUCGUUGUACGAAUUAUCGUGAGCAACUUUUAUUCUUUAUGUACGGUUCAAGAUGAUGAAGAUGCAGUUCUAGCAUUGCUCAUUAUUAUACAAGACUAGGGGGAAAGAACUUGGCUAUUUCAUAAUAACGUACAAUUUAUAAGGAGUCGUCGCAUAGCCGAGUACGUAAGUGGUUGGCCAAAGUUAUCUAUGCGAUAGAUAACGUUGUAAAUUUUCUCCAUGCGUUUUUCCGGGUUAGAGAAAUCAAUCUGAAGACUCGAGACGUAGCGAAUCUUUAUAAAAGUGUUGUUGUUACAGAAAAAAGUUAAAAGAAAGAAAAAAAUGUAGGGCAUGUGAAAGUAUUCGUUCGCAUGUAAUAGAGACACGCGUAGGCAACAUUUUUCCACCAUUGAUGAAGAAGAAGAAGAAGAAGAAGAAGAAGAAGAAGAAGAAAGUUUUUGAAGUUUCGUAAGGUGAAUUUAAAAGAAAACGCUGAUACAACCUGGAUUGAUACAAUUAACGGUGAAUAUUCGUACAAAAUCGUUUGUAUCAGGAUUUUUUGUCUCAUUCGUGUUCCGAUCGAUAAACAGAGGAUCUGUGGUCAGAGAACUUACUGAUCAGUAGCAUACACGCAUACCUAUAAAGGAGGAUUAAAACGUCGAACUAAUUUCCAAUUAAGUUCUUGUAUCGAAAGAGCUUACUAAAAAAAAAAAAAGAAAAAAAAAGAAAGAAAAAAGAUCGGAGAAAUAUUGCAUUUCUUAUACGAUUAUUUUUAGUUAUACAAAAUUCGAGUCUAUUUUUAGUUUUUAAUUUGUCCCGACCGAUUACGACGUUAGGAAGUAACAACGAAAAACCUUACUAAAGUCGUUCGGUAAUCAGUCUUUCUUCAGACACUAAAGAGGAAUCAAGAGAAAAAGAUCAUGUUUCACUAUACCUAAUCAAGCGAAUGUACGUUUGUUCGUUCGAUGAAUUUCGAUGAAUUUCGAUGAAUUUCGAUGAAUUUCGAUGAAUUUUGCUUAAAGUAAGAAUCGUAUAAAUUUUCCCUGAACAUCUGGAUACGAAAAAAUCGCGAGUCAGUCGUGUUUAAACAGAUUUACCUAAGAUAGGUAUUUUUAAGUGCUAUUUAUUUAAUCUACUGUACGUAACGAUCAUCUUUCUUUGCAUUGUAAUUCCUUUAGAGAGGUUUUGUAAAGUCGCGACCGAUUAUCGUUUGUACGAAUCUCGGCAAAGCUCAUGAGUUUUAGCAUUGGCAAUCUUGAAUCAAGUCAAGGUAUAUACGAUUUUCUGCCAAUUACAUACACAUUACAUACACAUUCGUUUUUUAUACGUUUCUAUAUUGCUUUAUCUUCUCUUCUUUACUUUUCUUUUUCGGCUUUCUUGUAUCGGUUCUUUUUUUCCUCAAAGAGAGACAGAGGGAGGAAGGGAGGGAGGGAGGGAGAGAGAGAGAGAGAGAGAGAGAGAGAGAGAGAGAGAGAGAGAGUUAGUUCAUAUUUUUAUUGUCUUCUUCGUGCGUUAGAAAAAAUAUGUGUUCAAGUGUGUUCAGACUGUAAUCGUAAUCGUAUUAUACACGCUACAAGAUACAAUUUUCGUAACAAUUUUGUAUAAAGUAUACUCAAAUAGCACGGAUAUCUUAUUUCUAAUUGUACAACCUUGCGCGAAACGUUAUACUCUCUAAAGGAAGCGUAUAUAUAAGUAUAUGUUGGACGAAGACACUGCCAAACAUCUCUAAGUUAUAAUUUAAUAAACAACGUUAGACAAUAUUGCGCUAUGAUACGUCAACUUCUUAAUUAAACGAACGUUGUUGCGUUUAUAGUUUCUUUUGUUCUCCCGUUUUUUUUUCUUCUUCUUUUUCUUUCUUUCUUCGCUUUUUUUUUCCUUCUUCUUUUUUUCUUCUUUUCCAAGUUCACCGUCAUGCUCGAGCAACCAGACACGAGCUGAACCUAAAUACAACUUGAGCUGUUCUCGUGCACACGUAAAGCUGUUUAUCUCUUUUCUCCCCCCUUUUUCUUGCUUAGGCUAUUAAAGAGAGAAGAAGACGCAAGUUAUUAUGUAUACUCGUGGAUUUUUCACACGAAUGAUCCAACUCGUGAUCAAAAUUUCAUUUUCUCUGUUCGAUCAGCGUCAUCGAAGUAGAUUACUCACGAUCACUCACGAGAAAACGAUUUAGGAUGGAAGCUUGCAUCGGUGAACAAACGAAUGUUAAUCAAAUUGAUUAAUUUGUUGCGGCCGUUGCGUUAUUACGUUGUAUCGUUGGACAAUUUCUUCCUUUGCUAUUUCUCAUUUUGUUACGUUUGCGCGAUCUAUCUUGUAAGUUUUACGGAAGCGACAGUUUUUCGUACCAGUGUGAUCCGCUACGAUCCGCUACGAUCCGCUACGAUCCGCUACGAUCCGCUACGUUAAAAUCACCUUAAGUGUGCCAAUACGAGAUCGAAUCGACGAAUGCGAAGAGGAUAAUUUUAAAAAGGAUCGAUCGUCGAAAGCGGUGUCAUCGUUUGAACUGCUCGUGUAAGAUCGAAGGUAUAAUUCUCCGAUAUCCACUGCGAAGUUUGAAAGAAAGCUCUAUAGCGUCGCCGAACAAAACAAAUUUUCACACAUAAUCUUUCACACUUUGACCUUUUAUUAGGAAAAAUUUGAGUUGAAAAUGAACAAGAGGGGUUUCAGCAUAAGAAUUUAAAGUUGGUGUCGAAUUUUUUCCAAUUUGAAAAUUAGACUAAAAUUCGCUCUCGUUUCACGCAUACGUCUAUUUGAUCGGAGCGGUGCGGCACAGGACGAGCGAGCGGUUAGAAGGCGACAGAAAGGAAACGUCAGAGAACUGCGAUCAAAGUGCAUUUACGUAGAAACAACAAUCAUCAUCUCCUGUAGAAAAAGCAAGCGUUAGCCGCUUCAAGAUGAAUGGAAGAAUCAAGGGAAGAAGAUGGAGCUAUCCUGCCGCGGAGCUCCUCUACACGCGACACAACAAAGAAAAAGACUAUCGAAAGUUGGACUUGGCGUUUCCAUGGUGAAGCAACAAGCAACGGAACGAAGAUGUACUGCCAGUAUCGAUGUAAAUAUAUUCCUUGCUAUCCCCUUUCUGAUACAACAAUUGUCCCACCACCCCCCGUUUUUUAAUACAAAUGCGCGAGGAAUACUCAUAGCCCUAAUGUACGUAAAGGUUGCGUGAAGGUUUGUACGCGAUUAUAGAGGCGGGAAGCUGCGUCGCGUCGCGUCGCGUCGAGGAGAAACGUGCCUCGUUCCUCUUAUGAUUGGACUCACUUCCGGCGAAUGUAUCCGACGUGUGUCGUUUUCGUGUGCGUGGUUCCGUUAGACACCGCUCUUUCGCCGCAAAAUGUAUUCUUUUAACGCGAUAGAAAAGCGAUUCGAUUGUAUUUACUAAACAGGCGGUCGCGAUUAUUGAAAUAUUUCGUUGCCGUGUUCAACGUUGUUCGAGAGAGAAAAAACGUGAUACGUAUCUCGUUUAUUCUUAAAAUUAGGAAAAGAGUCUAUUGUCGACGAACAAUCGCGGCAUGUAUACGAGGUUGAUGGAUAGAAUUAUCGUGAAAAUAGAAUUUCGGUUCGAAUAACGCAAUUACCAAAUUACUUUAGCUUAAAUAUGAGGUUAAAUGUGACAGGGAGCAUAAUAUUAUUUAUAUCGUGCAUAGACUGCGGACGCAUCUUUAUAGGAAGACAUUUGGAAGACGAGACAAAUCUCUAGUUACGUUCCGUUUACGUAUUUAGUUGCGUUACAGUUGUUACGUGAUACUUUAGUUAUAAAUUUGUAUCGUAGUCCGUAGUAUGGUAGAAAAUUCAAUCGCGAUACGUUUAAGGAUUAAAUAGGUCGGUAAUCUCUAUAUGUUGCUUCUCUCAUAUUGGUUUUUCUUUUUUUUUUUUUUUUUUUUUUUUUUCUUUUUUUAGGAUAGAUUUCCGUCGUUUGUUCGAUUACAUUAAGGCAGACUAUAAUGGAUCGUCGAUGGCCGCCUAUUUAAUAAAUGCAAUAAAAUGUUUUUUCUCGGCACGCGAGUAACGUUCGGUGAACAUGAUGCUUUUUUCUUUGUUCGAUUCCGUAUGCACGCAUCGACAACCAAUCGCGUAAUGAUCGUUCGACGCUCUGUUUCUCUCCGAUGAAAUUAAGAAAUUCGAGUGCUGGUUGCCCGAAUAAAUUGCCUUCGUCGAUAGAUCGAAUCGAAAAGAGAAGAAAAGAAAGAAGCGAUACAAGUAACGAUCUUUUCUUGGCGAAUUUUACCGUGUGUUUCGCGAUGGAAAGCAAGAAGCAAAAGAAAAUUGUGAUGAAAGAAAAAUUAUUAGCAGCUAAUACACACUUUGAACCAACGGUACUUGGGAUGAACCAUGUAAAUACGCACCGUUUCAAGAAUUUUUAUACGAAAAAAUUGUUCAUAGCUACCGAACGUGUAUAUAUAUAUAUAUACACGUGUGUGUGUGUGUGUGUGUGUGUGUGUGUGAUUUAUAGCAAACGAUCAUAUAUGAUUUUUUACUCGAUGUUAAGUAUACAGGAUGCAUACGAGAUAUUCGCUAAAGUAGACAAGAAAUUUUCACCGUAAGGGAGAAUAAGAUUAAGGAUCGAUCGACUGUAAAGACCACAUUUUGACACCGUACAUUGUGAUUUUAUGUUCCUAAAAUUUCAUUUAAACUUGAAGCAAUUCCACUGAUUUUAUUUAACGACUCUGGUCACGGGGUUACACGGGGUGUAAUUCUUUAAUUCUUUUUUUUCAAUUCGGUUUGAAGCUUUCUUCUGAACGAAUUUUACCCAUUAAAAAAUUUGCGUUCGAGCGAAAAAACCUUUUAUUCGUUUCUGUUGGUUCAGAUGAGUAUUGCAGUUUGCAAAUUAUUUAUUGCAAUAUAAAUUAUACUUUAUCUGUCUAUAACAGUUUACUUAAAAAAAUAACACUUUGUACCGAUAGAAGUCUACUAAUAUAAUAACAAUUUCUAGAAUUUCUUCGAGUCGUAGGAUUAUUUAUUUCACGUUGUAGUCUAUGUAGACAUGUAUAACAUGUAUCCUGGAGGGCACUUUUAUACGGACUGAAACAAAAAUUAAGAAAUAGAACUUAAUUCGCUGGAUACAUGGAACAAUUAUUUCGAUACAAAGUACAAUUAUUUCAGCGAAUAUCCCGUGUUUUUAACUUUCUCGGAUACGAUUUCUUUGCGUCCCGUACUCGUUAAUCAAGUCGUCCUACAUCAAAUAUCUCAAACAACGAAGGCUCGCUCGAAAUAGGUGCCAACGAAUUGCUAAUAAUUUUUCUGCCACACUCGAUUCUCUUUCCAACUUUCUUCAACGAAUAUUCCGAUUUAUCGGGAAACUUGCGAUUCGCGAAUAAAAAGAUGAAACGAAAUUCUUGUAUGAUCUUUGCGAAGAGAGAGAGAGAGAGAGAGAGAGAGAGAGAGAGAGAGAGAGGACUAUGAGUAAAUGAAUAGGAAAUCAAAGAGACGGAACAGAAGAUUGUAUGUUUGAAUUGAUGUGGCGUGCGAUCGUAACCUGUGAGAAGAAUCGGAGAAAAGGGGAAAACGUAAACGAGCGAUCCUCUGACAUAUAUUACGAUUUCGUCGGUCGAUCGAUCAAGAGGAAGCGGAAUUAGAAAAAUUGGACGUGCGUGAAUGGGGUUUCUCGAAUUCGAAGAUUCCACCCUGUGUAUGUAUUUCCGAAGCUUCGAAAGAGAGAAAAUAAUAUUCCGUGUGAUGAUCGAAUUGCUUCGUUCGAGGAUUCCUUGAUUACGUUUCUGCGUAUAUUUCCAUUCUUGAGGUUACUUCUGUGGUGAGAUUGAUAGAGAGAGAGAGAGAGAGAGAGAGAGAGAGAGAGAGAGUGAGAGUGAGAGUGAGAGUGAAAGUUUGUAUAUACACCGUCUGCACUUUGUACGAAUAUCGCGAUCGUCGUUGUUCAGCGAUCUUUUUGUUUACUUUCGUCGUUUAAUAAAGUGAAUUCUUCAUGACCUCUUCAA